AUGGAACCCAUGCCCACACCACAAUCCAUACUUUCUUCAGAUCUGGACUGUGGACACGUCGACCGAGUCUUCAUCAUACGCUAUUGGAAGGACCUUGGUGCUAAAUGGACUGUUGUGGAUUACCAAAGUAAUGUUCACCAUGUUACUUACAACAUGGAUAUUCACACUCCAAUGAUUACUCAAGGCUGGAACCAACUAAGAUCUUUCUAUGGAGAUCAGUCAGACAAGUUGGUUGUGUUCAAAUACGUGGGAAAUUCAUCUUUCGUAAUCCACGUCUCUAAACGUUCUGCAAACACAGGAAUCAAGACCAAGUUCCUCAACAAUGUUGCCAUACGUCGUCCUCUCUUUAUGUCGAACUUAAUCCAUUUUACUGUUGAACUAUCCACAUACUACUGUCAAGCAAGCGACCUGUAUUUGAAGAAAGAAUUUGCUACUUAUUUUCAAAACAGUGGACUUUCUUCUGUUGUUUUACAUGGACCCCGGGGCAAGGUCGAGUGUAAAUUGAUAAUAAGACGUAGGUCUGUUAAGAUAGGAUCUGGCUGGAAAGACUUUUGUGCUCUUCAUCAACUCUCUGUACAGGAUCACCCUGAAUUAUUUUUUGAAGUUGAAAGUCAAAGAACAAGCAGAGAUAUCAAAGUUCUUUAUCCACUUUUUUGGUUUUAAAGUUGUAAUUUUUUAUUUUAUUUAGUUUGAACUUUUUAUA